AUGUCAGCCCCGGUGGCCAACCCCACGCCCCCCGUGACCGUGUCCCCCCCCGGUAACUGUGUCCGCGUGUCCCCCCAGUCUCUCGUCAUCCCCGAGAAGUUCCAGCACAUCCUGCGUGUCCUCAACACCAACAUCGAUGGGCGCCGGAAAAUUGCUUUCGCCAUCACCGCCAUCAAGGGUGUGGGACGCCGCUACGCCCACGUGGUGCUGCGCAAAGCUGACAUCGACCUCACCAAGCGAGCGGGCGAGCUGACCGAGGAUGAGGUGGAGCGGGUCAUCACCAUCAUGCAGAACCCCCGACAGUACAAAAUCCCCGACUGGUUCCUCAACCGGCAGAAAGACGUGAAAGACGGGAAGUACAGCCAGGUCUUGGCCAAUGGCUUGGACAAUAAACUGCGAGAGGAUUUGGAGCGGUUGAAGAAAAUCCGGGCACAUCGGGGACUGCGACACUUCUGGGGGCUGCGCGUGCGAGGCCAGCACACCAAGACCACCGGCCGGCGGGGCCGCACCGUCGGUGUCUCCAAGAAGAAGUGAUGGGUGCAGGGGAGAAAUAAAAGUGACGUUGGU